AUGUAAUUUUAUUGUGCGUUGAGAGAACAAGUAAAUUGAUAUUUUUCUUUAGAUGGGGCAGUCCUGCGAUAGGAGUGCCAUGUUUGAUUAAUGGCAAGAUUUGCAACCAUCCGUCUUAUCUUAUUGAGAUUUUGUUUAUUAAAAAUUACAUUUCAUCAAUAUCUUUUUAAUUUUGUGUUAAGUAGGAGAGGAAUUGUAGCAUUGUAUUUUUUUAAAACAAACAAUUAUAAAUAUUCAUACGUAUUCAUCUUCACCCUGAUUCUAGUAAUCGGAAAUAUUACUAUAAUUGUGAAAUAACUUUUC